AUAAUGACUCAGCCUGUAGGCGGCCUCUCCACCACGUCAAAAGACUUUCAGCAGUGUGUCUGAAGUAAAAGCCGACUGCCGGCCCAUCCUCAAGUUUCACUGCACGCUUGGACGCUACACACAUGCAAACACACACAGAGAUGAGCUCUGCCUUUGGACCGAAAACACCGAAUUUCAUGCGCUGGAUUUGAGAAACCUCAGAUUCUUGCUCCAUAUGAGGAAGAAAAUCUUGAAAGCACCUUGCCUCUUCUUGAGUCUAAUAACAAGUCUGAAUCUCUGCUCUGGAAAAUUUGGAGCUCCAAUAACUGAUGAUGUGAGCAAGCUGUCAAUAUUGAAGCAGAAUAUUCCCUCCGAUUAUGAGAUUCCUGUUAGUUACAUUCCCAAAGAAGUGGCUGGCACGUGCUGGGUGGUGUUAAAUAUCUAUCCUUUGGAGCAAAGUCUCCGCAAGCUGGCCAACAUGUUUGGUUCCAUCUCCUCUAACAAAGAAAACAUCAUGGUCUUCAUUGCGAUGCUCAAGAGUUUACGCUUCACUUUCGACCACGAAGAACUGGAAACGGUGAUGCAAGUCUUCCAGUGUCACUAUCAGGAAGGCAGCUUACUGUCCGGUCUUUACUUCGACUACAUCAAAGACGUCUUACAAUCUGCCGCUCAAGGAACAUCCGGCUUCUCGUGCAAGCCGCCGCCAUGCGGUAAUCCCCAACACACACCAGGGAGUCAGGAAGAGAAUCGUGGCUACAGCUGGUCCCGGAGAUCUCCUUUGCUGUUGGUUCUCAUCCCCUUCAUAUCUUGUGUUGUUCUCAUAGUUUGGCUGGUCAAGUCUGAAAGGCGUUUACCGAUGUGCAACAAUGAAAAUAGCCAAAUGGCAUCUUCUGACAUGAUCCCAACUGUGUCUAUCUCCAUCCCACUUCAAACACUCGCCCACGCCGAUGACACUCAGCCGGCGGGGGAGGCAAUCGCCGAACAUGAAAGUGGAUGAAGUGUGAUUAAUAAAGAAGGGAAAAAAUUGGACAGCAGUGGAGCAACUUCCUCUCCAGGUUGCUUCUGUUGUUGGCAGGAGCCUGCUGGAUAAACGAGAGCGGUCUGAGUUCACCGACCAGAGCUGCUGUGCGAGAGAAAACCCACCUGCUGUGAAGGCACGUGUGUCACAAAAUUACCCCACAGCACUUCUUUUGGAGGCAAGAACUCUCUGCAUAAUAGCUGGUUAUCUGCCAGAACGACUGGCAGUGAGGUGCAUAUGUUACCUCGAACUUUUCUGAGCUUUUGUUUUUUGCAGCCACUUUGAAGUGGUGUCCUUCAGUUUGGUCAAAUCAGAAUGAUAUCACACUGUGUGGAGGACUUUUUGUUUUGCUCACAACUUGUUGACUCUGCUCUCCCUGCAUACUGAAUCCCUACCUGCUCCUGUGUUCUGUUUUCUACUAAAAUGCAUUGGCAGUAUAUGCAACGAGGCACAUUCCUGGCAUUACUGUCUGCAGAGCAACAACUGAAGCUGCACUUUCUAAUGCAGCCUGUCUUGUUCUUCUCGUUGACAUUAUUAUGAUCUGUCAUCUGUCACAAAUUGUAAACCCGCUAGUCACAAACAACACGCCGAGCAGUUCAACAAGCGUCCUACUUUGUGUAUCAAAGAUCUGACCAGAUGGCAGAUAGCCAUCGCCAGAGGCACUUUGAAUCCGCUCAUUGUGUUUCAAAGCUGUUGCCCAGUGAUCUAUAGCUGCUGCUCGGCCACAGAGUGUGUGUUCGAGUUUUUAAUGCCUUAUUCACCGAGUCAAUCAUGUUCAGUCAUGAGAACAUGACUCCCCCGAGUGUGAGAGCUUUUUAACUGUAUGUGUGGAGAGCGAAGACAGGCAGGACGAGGGGAAGUGAGGCAGAUAGGGACGGUAGCCGGACGGACGGAUGAGCUCAGUGAGAAGCAUAAGGAGGGCUUGUUCUUGCCACAAAAGAACUGGCCGUAGGCUGGAGGAAAUGCCAGUUCCAAACACGGUUGAUGUCCACAGAUCCCUAUGAAUCAACAGGCUAAGAAUCUCUCCAGACCGCAGGCCAUGUAGCCUCAUCUACAGGGCCUGGUUAGUAGUUCAAUAACAGUUUUCUGUAUUCAAAUGAUUUACUUCCAGAACAUGAAAUAUGGAUGUAUCUUUAUUGAGAUGUUUGAAAUGUUUUACUGUUGCAGACAAGAUUCGAAAAACACAAUGCCGUCUUUUUACAGACCACUUUGUAUGGUUUUCAUUUUUGUAUUUUGUGAAAAUGUGUGUCUGUAUUGUACAUGAGAUAUUUAAGUUAUUUUGUUACAGGAUGAACCACUCACAACGUGUAAUGAUUUUUUUUCUAACAGUUGCAGACCUGUUCAUGCCAUGAAUGUACAGGGGGUAGACAAAAUACUGUGAACACACAAGGGAAAUGAAUCAUCGUUACGAAAAAUACCACAGUGGUUGGUCACGUUUUGUCAGACCUUAAUAUGAAAUGGUUUCAACUUUCUGUUUCUGCAAAUUGUCUCUAUUGUCUUUGACUUUUCACUCUGAAAAGAUGAGUUGGGGAAGAUAUUUUGUCACAUAUGACAUGUUGAUUGUUGGACGUCUCUUAUGGCUAGAGUUACACGUUUAUAGCAGUUUUUAUUGUGAAGUUUGUUUUUUUAAAGAAAUAUUGAUAUUAUUUUCUCAAUCCCUACAAGGGGCUUAUGAGCAAAUAUUUCUGUGUUGUAUGUAAUUUAUGAUACUAUUUGUCAACACUGUAAAACUAUAUAAAGUGUGUUGUUUCCUUCA